UUUCAACCUCAUAAAAAAACCUACAAGAUCUAUUAAAAUAUAAAAAUCAAAAUCUACAGAUUUAUCAUCUUUAUGAUCAACAAUGGGAAACUGUCUAAAGCCUCUCAAAGAACAACCUCCUUCAGCUUCUCCCAAGCCUCUCACCAUCCCUUCAAGUUCAGUGGAGCCAGUAAAGGAGAAUUUGAAAGAGUUUAGAUUUGCCGAAUUGAACAAGGCAACAAAGAGAUUCAGAAAAUACAUGGUCAUAAAAGGUAAUGAUAAUGGGUUUACUCGAACAUUCUACGAAGGCUGCAUCAAUGAGACAACCUUUGCUCCAUCAAGAACUGGAAUCACUGUUUCUGUCAUGGAAUGUUAUCAAGAUAAUUCGCAGACUCUACAAGACUGGAAGGUAACCAAAAUCUUACGCAACUACUAUUUCUAUCUCUUUGAUCUUAUUUAUGUAUGUUUUGUUUAGUUACUUAUGCAUCUGAUGGGUACAAAAACUAUUGAGUUGCAGGAAGAAGUGAAGUCUCUUGGACGUAUUUCUCAUCCCAAUUUAGUCAAACUUUUAGGCUAUUGUUGUGAAGAAAACAAAUCAUUCUUAGUUUUCGAAUACUUGCAUAAAGGAAGUUUGAACCGUUACAUUUUCGGAAAAGAAGAAGAAGCAUUACCGUGGGAAACACGGGUCAAGAUAGCCAUAGGAGCAGCUCAAAGUAUUGCAUUUCUACAUUGGGUCAAGAACAGCGCGCUAUAUCGAGAACUCAGAAUGUAUAACAUUUUGCUUGACGAGCACUACAACACAAAAUUGUUCUAUCUUGGAUCAAAGAAACUAUGUUUGUUAGAAGAAAGCGUGACGACUGCAUUCAUAGGAAGAACUGUAUAUAUACCUCCUGAAUAUGUAAUCUCAGGUCAUUUGGGAACGAAGAGUGAUGUGUAUACAUUUGGUGUGAUAUUGUUAGAGAUUUUAACUGGUUUGAAAGCUUCAGAUGGUAAAAAGAAUGAGAACAUGCAAAGCUUACAUGUAUGGACUAAACCUUUCUUGUCUGAUCAAUCUAAAAUCCGGGAAAUCAUCGAUCCUCGACUUGGGAACGAUUAUCCUGUGAAUGCAGCGACACAAAUGGGAAAACUCAUCAAAAGAUGCAUCAAGUUGGACACAAGGAAACGACCAUCGAUGCAACAAGUCUUUGAUGGUUUGAAUGAUAUUGCAGAGAUUAAAGAUUAAUGUGUAAGAGUUAAUGAGAUUUGAAGCUGAACAAGUUUGGAAUAAAAGUUUGAAACAAAGAAGAUAAAAUCUCCUUCUAUGUCGCAUCAACUCUUUUCUUUCAUUCUAUAAAUGAGUCCUAGAAAAAUUUCCACAAACUUGCCUUAUAUGGAUACAGACAUACCCAAACUUGCCUUCUAUGUCUUUUGCUUUGUUUUGCCUGAAUGAGAAAUUGAAAAUUUCAAAGGGUUGAAUUCUGAG